CGGAGCCAAUCGGAACAGACAACAGUGGAGUGUGCGCUUAGGAAUCAGCCGAUACUAGUGGCAGAUUAUUACAGCACCCGGUCCGCUCGGGGCUUUUCUCCGCUACUUUUCCAAUCUUCAUUCAACUACAAUUUCAAGACGAUCAGCUGGAAUUCUAUUCUCUCUUGCUUAUGUCACAGAUGCUGCUGCUUUAACCUUAUGACGGACAUCUUACCUUUUACAUGUCUCUGAAGCAGAUAUCAACCCCCUCAAACGAGGUCGAGCUUUUAGGAAGAUGUCUCGUAGGAAGCAACUUCACCCGCUGCACCUCGACGCUCAUGAUCAACUAGGAAGCCUUCUGGAUAACGAUACUUGCUGCAGAUGCCUUCAGCUAAACCUAAUAUUGCAGAUGGAUCUUACAUGAAAAUUUUUAAAAAAACUGAAGAAUUUCUGAAUAGUUUUAAGAAGAAUGUUGUUUUUGCUAAGAACUCUAAUAACUAAUUGGAAGCAACACUCAAAAAUGAACAAUCUUUGGAAAACCAUAGGAAUAACAUGAGACUUUAGAGAGAUAUUUUGAGAUAAUGGCCAGACUUUAAUCAGGAUUAAACCCUUCAAAUAUAUCUCUUUUGAUAAACCUGCUUUCGCUGAAGAUCAGAAAUACUGAGCAAGUACUACAGGAAUUGGUAGCCUGCGAAACUAGAUCAUUUCCACUUGUAGAAAAAUGGCAUAUUGGAAAACUGAUCUUCAAUCAAUUGAAGUUAGAAUCGAAGGAUCAUGCAACGAAGAUGAAGAGGCAGGUCUAGGAGAUGAGCAUGUGUGUGGUAAAUGUCGAUUAGAAUUCAUCGAUUUGUCUGAUUUCCUUCAUCAUAAGAGAGUUUGUACGAAAAAGCGUUUAGUUCUUGUUGGAGAAGAUGAUAGCAGCGAUGAAAUGGGAGCUGAGGAUGAAAUGGAAAUUUCAUCGAUGGAGUUUAAAGAAGAAACUGAAAAGUAUGAGAAAGCUAUACACACUAUUCCUUAUUUUAUGGCUUUCCCACGAGUAAAGAAUUGCUUCGAAGAAACUCCUGUUAUGCCACCAUCAACGAUUGAAAGUAAAAAAGAUUUUUCUGAAGGUGAAGAGCAAUCCAUUGAUCUUGAACAUUACCCCAAAACAGACAUUUAUGAAAAUAAUUCUGAUGAUAGCAAUCAACCCGAUUUAAAGAAAUGCGCUACUGAGGCAAAUUCAUUUUCGAACCCACCACCUCUACCUCAAUACCUUCUGAUGCAUUCUGUUCCAGAUACAAAUGUUACAUUGCAAGCACUCCAGAACACGCGAGUCGCUGUUGCCCAACAAGGUGCGGGUACAGCAAAUUUAUCACACCUUGCUCUGCAUACGGCCCUGUACACCCUGCAGCAGCAACAAAUUAUUCAACUUCACCAAGUUAUACAACAACUACAAAAUCAAUUGGUUAAUUCUUCAACUGUCACGAAUCCCUUAAUUACUACUACACCUACUAUUGGCUCCCUUACGGGCUCUGCGGCACUCACACCUCCUCAGAGCACAGAUGGUAACAAUGGAGGAAUUUUAACUUUAACAACAACUACGCCAUCCACACGAGCUAUUGAAUCUGUCACUCAGGCUGAAAAUCAUACUGUCGCAGUUUCUACUACGCCCUCUUUAACAACUUGUCGAAAUUCAACAAGUGGAAGCACAACUCCAAUAGUGUCCGAGCCACCACCUCCACCUCCUCAUGAACCUAAUACUUUAGAGCUCUUGCAAAGGCAUACAGAACAAGCUCUUCAAAAUACUAUGGCUGGAAGUUCAUUCUUACUCAAUGGGUUAAGUGGAAUUGGAAGUAGUUCUGACAUUUUACGCUUCUGUAAAAAAGGAGAUAUUAAAAAAGAAGGAGGUGAGGAUGCUUACUUUCGACACAGGUGUCGCUUUUGUGGUAAGGUAUUUGGAAGUGAUAGUGCUCUUCAAAUUCAUAUAAGAUCGCACACAGGUGAAAGACCAUUCAAGUGUAACGUUUGUGGCAAUCGUUUUUCAACAAAAGGUAAUUUAAAAGUUCAUUUUGGACGGCACAAAGAAAAAUACCCUCACAUAAAAAUGAAUCCACAUCCCGUUCCGUUACAUCUGGAUAAUCUCCACCCCCCUCUAGAACCACCAGAAGCCUCAGAAACUCCACCUAUAAUAACGCAAACAUCAACCUGCCAAACAGUUGCUUUAAGUUUACAGCCACCUAAUCUAGUUCCAGCUCAACCACUCCCUUUGGUUACUCAUUCUCACGAAAAGACUUUAUUAAAAGAAAAGGAAUCAUCUCCAAGUGAUACAAUUCGACAUUCUGAAAGCAGUUUUCAAAUAGACAGGAGAAGUGUUUCUCCAAAUGGAACUUCAAAUCUCUCAGACGAUUCCGAUGGCUCAGUAGGAGAUUAUUGCACUGAUGAAAAUAUAAUGAAAGAUGGAGAUCAAAAUCACUAUGAUGAUGAUAUGGAUAAUGAUGAUGAUGAUAGCUUUUCAGAUUCUCCGAAAACUGAGCAAAAGGAAUUGGAUGAUAAUAUGGAUGAUGAAGCGAAAACGCCUACGACAGAAAGUAAUGGGCCACUUUGUUUGACAUCUUCCAUUCCUUCUUAUACUAGUAACGCCGUGCCACCAACAUUCCCAUACUUUUUUCAUCCUUCACGAUCACCCCCAUCGAGUAUUUCAAAUCCUAACUAUCCGCCAAUGUCUACUCCUCCAUUAACUAGCACACCAUCAAACAGAAUUUCAUCUGUGAGUCACACAAAUAAUGAUGGAAACGAACAAGUCGGGCCGUCUCACGAUCCAAAUCUUUACCAAGAUCUUUUACCUAAGCCUGGUUCAAAUGACAACUCGUGGGAAAGCUUGAUGGAAAUCACGAAAACAUCAGAAACGUCAAAGCUUCAACAACUUGUUGACAAUAUAGAACACAAAUUGAGUGAUCCUAAUCAAUGUGUGUUUUGCCAUAGAGUAUUAAGUUGCAAAAGUGCUUUGCAAAUGCAUUAUCGCACUCAUACUGGUGAACGACCUUUCAAAUGCAAAAUUUGCAGUCGUGCCUUUACGACCAAAGGAAAUCUGAAGACCCAUAUGAGUGUUCAUCGUGCGAAAUCUCCCCUUCGAGUGUUGCAUCAGUGCCCGGUUUGCCACAAGCAGUUUACAAACUCUCUUGUCCUCCAACAACAUAUUCGAAUGCAUACUGGUGAGCCUACUGAUAUGCAUCCAGAACAAAUAAUGGCCAAUGAAGUAAGACAUGGACAUCUCCUUACUACCUCAUUUCCUAGACCUAUGAUUCCAACUUUACUACCAACCUUUCCAACGCCAACAUCUCUCGCUCCUAGAGCUUCAUCAGCAGGCCCACCAAAUAUAUGCACGACACCAAAGUCAACGGAAGCCACAUCCUUAUCUCCCUCCCCUGUUCACUCUUCUUCUAUACACUCUGAAAGUGUUAUUAAAACAACUGUCAAACAAGCUGAUAAUCUAACGACUGAGAAUUCAUCUUCUCCAACAACCAUAGGAAAUUCAUCUCGGCCUUCAUCAGCUCGAGAUGAAAGAUCUGAAACCCCUCAACCACCUGUGCUAAUUUCUCAUUCAUCUCCAAAAGAGUCCUCAACUCCUCAAAUGUCUCCUCCUAGCAUGGAUAAACCAAUUGUUACAACAGCACCUUACUCUCCCGCAUACACAGCCUCUCUAGUAGCUUUGGAAAAUCAUGUUAAAGCUAUUAACACUACGAUCCCGCAGCCUUUGCCGUUUUCAUCCUUUGGAAUGGGGCUUGCAAUGGGUAGUUUUCUCCGAUACGAAGAUGCGGGAUAUUUAAAUAGGAGCAGCCAUAUGAAUGAUAGCAAUUGCGAGAAAUCUCUAAUUAAUCAUCGAUCAUAUUCUCCAUCACCAAACACAAGUCGAGCCGGAUCCGAUGCUUCAGGUGACGAAAGAUCAACUCCGGGCUCCAUUAUCAAAUCAGAAUCACCGGUAUCUAUGAACAAUAAUCAUGCGAGAAUUGCUACAGGCGUGAUUACGCCAAAAUCAGAAAGUGGGGCUUUAGAUUUGACGCCGAAAAAUUCGCUUAUGUCGAUUCCACAAUCAGUUGCCGAUAUCCAGCUAUUUCCAUCUCCUUUGGCAGGUCUUCCUUUUCCAACUACACCUGGGAGGUUGUCUACAACGUGUCGCAUUUGUUUUAAAACAUUUGCUUGCAAUAGUGCUUUGGAAAUUCAUUAUCGUAGUCACACCAAAGAGCGUCCUUUUAAGUGUAAUGUUUGUGAUCGUGGUUUCACCACCAAAGGAAAUAUGAAACAGCAUUUACUAACACAUAAGAGUAGAGACCUUCAACCUCUACUCUUUGCCUCUGCUGACAACUCUGUGCAAGAAAGCGAAACGAACUCUUCGACGAACGCAACAAGCCCACGAACCUCGAGCCCCAUGAAUGCAUACGAAGCGAAUUUAAGCCAAUCUAGUAAUCCUCCAGAGGAAAAGAAAGAUAUACCACUGAUUACAACUACAUCAAAUCCAUCAAUGGUAACUCCUUCACCGGUAACUGCAAUUAUUUCUACCGUUAGUCAAAUUGCACCAUCUAUUGUUUCAACUCCUCUUCAGAAAACAAUAAAAACUGAAAGCGAGUUUAAUGUUAAGAGACAAAUUUCUGAGAAUAAUUCAUCAAGUCCAUCUAAAAGAAAUUCUGGUUUUCCUAAGCAUUUUUGUCAUAUAUGUCAUAAACCCUUUUCUAGUGCGAGUGCGUUGCAAAUUCAUAAUCGAACUCAUUCUGGCGAAAAACCCUUUAAAUGUGUAGUAUGUGGAAGAGCGUUUACAACCAAAGGUAAUUUAAAAGUUCAUAUGAAUACACAUAUGGCUCAGAAUAAUGGGAAUUCACGACGAGGGAGACGUAUGUCUUUAGAAUUUCAGCCACCACCACUUCCUGCACAUGGUAAACCUGAUUUCCCACCGCAUGCAAGACCAGAAUUAUAUUUUCCGUACUUUCCACCAGGAUACAUAAAUGGUAUGUCUGUUCCACCAAAAAUGAAUGAAAUAUCGGUAAUACAAACGGCUGCUGGCGUAACAAACGGGAAUAUAAGCACAUCGACAGCUAUGUCCUUGACUCCUGCCGUCUCAAUGAUGACACCGGUAAUGACUUUGGGUCAACAACCUUUCAUAAGAAAGCAAGUGCAACAAAAUUCUGAUGGAGAUAAUGGUGAUUACGCGGAUCCAAGAUCUCCAGAUGAGGCUGAAAACUUGAAAAUUCAGCCUUCACCGAGUCCUCCUUUAGAAAGUGCUUCACCUGUGCGUCCUGUCCCAACGUCUCCUUCAAGAGCUUCCAACAACGCAUCUUGCUGGAGUUGGAAAACAGCAUGUAACAUAUGCAGUAAGAUCUGCUCUUCUUCAUCAGACCUAGAAAUUCAUUUAAAAUCUCACUGUAACCCUGCAAUACAAGAUACUGUUAGGUCUGCAUCUCAAUCAGCCAAAAAUCUUGCAUCUUAAAAGUGCUGAAACUUAUACAUUAAUGUAUUUUGACAAUACCCAUCGUCAAGUACGCAAUUGUUUAUCCUUUAAUAAGUGAAAGGAUGCUGGAUACAUGUGCUUUCAUGUGGAAUAAAAACUCUUUUCGUAUUCAGCAGGGAGUUACAAAUUUGGAGAACGCUGAUAUGACGUAGAACGUUAUUAAAAUCGCGUGCUUCUGUUAAUCCCUUGAAGUUUGACGUAUUCCCCUUCUUUUAUCCUUCCUCUCUUGGUCAUCUAGAAAUAUGAUCAGGAAAAUUGGUUCCUAUGAUAACUAGUCCAAAGGCUAACACCCUGCUCCACAUAUUUAAAUACAAAUGUGGAAAGACAUUACCUAUAAUAAAGCUGUUUAGGUGGUAGCCAUUGUGCAGGGUAAUCUGCUCUUUCUGUUGUACUUAGUAUUAUUGCACAUUAAAGGGUACACCCGAAACUAUUUAUGUACAAGUAGUAUACAUUAUAUGAAGUGCAACGCGAUUUUCACUCAGCUACAUGACUGCUAGUUGAAAUAUUCUGCUUAUUGUAUUUUAAUUUCUCCCUCGUGUGAUUGUUAUGUUUGCGUGAACACAAAGGAAGACAAACAUUUUAUUAUGAAUUGUUUUUAUCUCACUGAUUGUUCUUAAGUUAUUGUGUAUAUUUUGUGUUGUUAAUGCUGUUUGAUGCAACACACAGUUUAUGUGAAAUUUUCCCUACUUUCUCACAAUAAGAACUAAAGCUCUUUACCAUAAAAUUAUUAAGAAAAAGUCAUUCUAAAUUUUAUUUCAGUAUCGAGUUCUCGGUACAGAAAGAAAUUUAUGAAUUUGCGUGGAAAAUUUCACUAAGGGAGAGGCCAAUUUUUUUUAAUGUUAAAACAUGCAAAUUAAAAACUCCUUUUCUCAAAAGCUAUUGGAGAUAAUGUACAAUGCAAAAAAUUCAGGAAACUUUUAAAGCAAUUAUGUUUAUAUAAAAAACAUUAUUGACAGUACCGCUCAACUUUUACAGCAAAUUACAUCAAAAAAGUAACUCUAUAAAAAGCAGUGGUAAUUUUUUUCCUUUAACGUAGUGUUUCAACCGAUUUUCUACGAUCUUUUAACUGCUUUUGAAACUACUAUUUCAAUGCUAAAAUGGGCUAGAUUUCAGGAGAAAAAGCUUACUUCUGAAACUGGUUUCAUAUAUAUUUCAUUAUUUUUGUCAUAAAAGUAUCGGUAUUCUAAUUGUCAAAACAUUCACUCUCAAACUUUCAGGACAUUUUUUAAUAUUGUAUAAAAUUUCAAUAUUGUUUUCAUUGAUACUACUUUUAUUAAUCUUGUUUUUUAUUUGAUUUUCUUUAUCUAUGAAUCAUUAAUUAAGGUAAUUUUCUUUACAAGCUGUGAGAAAUAUGAAUUUUAACAUCAGUCUUUCAUUAAAUAAAAGAAAAACGUGUAAAGAAAUGUUUGUUACAAUACGUACAUAUCUUCAGGCUUUAAGUUACUCAGACACUUUAUCAUAAACUAUACUCUGUUGCAAGUUAAGAAAAAACUAUUAUCCCUGUUUGCAUUUAAGUGCAAGCCAAAUGGAUGCCAAAAGAACGAAUAUCAACAUCACCGACUCUUGAAAUGACGCUGAACAGCCUUCUUUUUUUUUUCUUUCUUAAAUCGUGAGCAAUGAGGAAAACAAAAUUUAUUAAAUAAUGAACUAAUAAGUAAUAAGAAUUAAUAAAAAUGAUACCAAAAAAUCGUAACAAAUAUUCGCUUUUCUGUUCGUAUUUAAAGAAACUAAUGAAAGAAUAAUAAAUAUUGUUUUUUUUGCAGACGAUUUUCUUCUACAGUGAAGCAAUAGUAAAAAUCCUUUAUCUCGCAUUUGAUUUGUUAAUUGCAUAUUAGCAUAAAGAGCGCCAUUUUUAAUGGUCCAAUCAAAUCCAAUGCUCUUGCAACAUCAUAUAGUUGCUUAUUUUUCAAGAACGAAUAUUCUCCUUAUUUAUCGAAAUAAGUCGCCAAGUAUAGGAUUCCAGUAAGACUAUAAAACUAUAAUCUUUUUUUAAUAAUUCUAUUAUAUAUAUCGUUAAUGAUAGCACAAAUUAAAUUUCUAUCUGACAUGCUUAACUUUUAAAAAGCUUUUAUGUUGUUUUGAAAGCAUAUUCGUAUGUUUUGAUAACAAAAUAAAACGGAACUAUAUGCAAUCGCGGCUGCUUACUUAAAUCUUAUACUACAAUGACCUUUUCUUAACUUGCAACAAAGUAUAAUGGCUAUUAUUAAAAAAACAUAGUAUGUACUGUAAACACUAAAAUCAUGUAUCUUUAGUAGUUUCUGAGAAAGCAGAUUAUGAAAUUUCCUGUUUGAACAUUGGCAAAGUAGCUCCUACUAUUUGAUCUUAACACCAAAGUUAAUAUUUAGCUAUUUUGAAGAAAUUAGUCUCAUAAAAUCAUUUUGUAUACUAUUAGCAUUUAAUAAAAAAUUUAAGACAAACAAUAGUUUUAUAUUCAACAAAAUAAUUGUUUUCAAUGUUUAUUGUGUAAAAUGAAAUACAAUUUCAAGUUUGUGGAAAAGAACUAAAGCCUGCAAUAGUUAUCGUGGUAAUCAACUAAAGAAGUGAAUGUAAUUAGUGUAAAAAGAUUGUAUCUUACAGUUAUGAAAAUGUUAGAGUAAGUGAACUGUGUUUUAUAAAUAUAUCACUUAUAAAGUUGUUUAAAAAAUGUGCAAAAAUCAAAGUGGAUUGGUUUUAACUUUAUUUCUCAACAUAAAACAAUUUGUUAACUUGAUUGUUUUAAAUUUUUCAUUUAACAUUAUUUUCUCGAAACUUUUUUUUUUUUUUACAAUUUUUUUAGUUCUUAGAUGAUGAAGAUUGAAUAAGAAUAGUUUAAAUUUUACUAAGUUUGUGCAAGGGAGAAAGCACAAACAUAUUCCUUGUUCCACAAAGAGACCAUAAACAAAAUUCUUAACAUCAUUUUAAAAAAGUUCGUUUAUAUCUUGCGUUAUUUGCCACCGAAGGAAAAAUAGAACACAGCCUUCUUCUAAACAGUGCUAUAAUUCAGUUGAAAUAUUUGUUAUAAAAUUAUGAUAUAAUGUAUUCAUAUAUGAUGACUUAUGAUAUAAUUUAUUCUUAUUUAUGAUAUGAUUAAUUAUUUUUUAUGUGGAGAUUAUGAUUUAUGAAUAAAUCAAAUUUUUGUUUAUAAUGUGUUCUAAAAAUUAAAAUACAUUUUAAAAUUAUUAAGGAACUUUGAAGAAAAUGAUAAUUUUCACUUAAUAAACAGAGAAAUGAGACAAAUGGCAUGUUCGAAUAAUAUUAAUUUCUGAUACAUUGAUUUUAUAUUUUUGCGAAAACAUAAUAACAGUUUUAAUUCAAAUAACACACGAGAAACAAAAUCCUACAUAACUAUAAAAGCUAGUUAUUCUUUAUUUAGAUGUGAAGGAAAAAAUUUUAUACAUAAAUAAAUAAUACAAUGUCUUUGAAGUGUACGAUAAAACAAGUCGUUCUCCCCCUUUCAAAUAGCAGCUCUUUUCUUUUUUUUUUUCUUUAGUAAAUUUGCUUGCAGUCAAGCUAAUAUGUUACAUAACAAGAUUUUAAAAUGAAUCAUGAAUGCUAUAAAUAUAUUUCUUCCAAAAUUUUUUGUGCAAAGGAAAUUAUUACUUUACAUUCCAUUAAAAUUAAAUAUCUUAUUUUCUUCAAAAAAAGUUUCUGAAAAAGAUUACAAGAGUGAUACAAAAAAAUUAAAAAGUUUAUUUUACUGACAAGUCAUUGAUUGUUAAACAAAACAAGUGAACAAGUACUUUAUAAUGCAAGUUCUGUAUUUCUUAGGUAGAAAUAAAAGUGUUUAAUGUCAAAAUUUGUGAGGUACAUAUGUUUAUAGCGGAAUAUAAAUAUUGAAAGGAAAAUCUUUACGCGCAAGUAGGCAUAAAAAUUUCUAGAAAAAAAUUUCUUUAUUUGUUUUUUUUUUUAACGUUUACUCAGUUGUUGAUGAUUUUAUGGUUUUGAGCCUAAAAUUUUGAACCACUUAAAAGAUUCUAGUUGGCGAAUCUAUUUAAAUAUGAAAAAUAAAUGGUUCGAACCCCAAUAAGUCUUUCAUUACUUUUAAAUGUAAGGAUGAAUUUCCAAUUUUUUUUCUGAAAUGUGUCAAUCAUUUUAUUUUUAAACUGUACCUUUUGAUGUUAUCAAUUUUUACAAAGGUGGUAUUUUAUAGUUGAAUAAAUAUUUUUAUACACUAUAAUAUCUCCGUGGUGUUGGACAAAACCAGGUGUUUGUAUUCCAACGUCCAACACUGCGUGGGGUAUUAACUUAUUAUAUUUAUUUCUAAGAUUCUUUGUUGCUAAUGAAUAAAUUUGUGAUGAUAAUUUUUAUUUUCCUCUUUUUUUUGAAUAAAAUGUUAAAGUACUGAUCUCCAUGUUUAUUGAUUUUGUAAAAUGAGACAUGAAGAGUGAAAUGUGAUUUUAAAGUGUUAUUGAAUCGAAAAUCUUCGUAAAUGUUUCUUUUGUGAUUAAGGCUUAAGCAGUUGAGGAAUUUUGCACAGAUCGGGUUAAUUUGUUUUAGUUCAUAAAAACAUCGAUUUUUACCUCUAGAAUCAAUGUUUUUAAACAUAUUUUAAAUAUGAACACCAAAUUAAUUAAAAAUGUAAUUAAAAUUUAAUUGUUCAAGAAUUUGAGUUAAAUAAUUCGAUGGGCAACAAAAAAGGUAAGCACGAACACAUAUUAUAAUAACGUUUAAUUCUUCAACUGCUUUCGUUUAGGACUGUACUUUGUAAUAAAAAUGGACUUACUAAUAAUAUUCAAAAGUAAUCACAACGACUGCAAAUAAUUACGAAUAAAUUAACUUCGAAAUAUUUAAAAUAAAUAUAUAUAAUAAAAUAACGAGAUUUUGAAUUUAGUGUUUUCUAACUUAGAUUUAUGCAAUUAAAAUUCAAACUUAGUUGAAUGCAAAAAUGUAAUUUUCGGACUAUUCUAAAAAAAUUCAGAAAUAAUUCCGAAAUUGGAAGUUAUCAUUAAUAAAAUUGGCAAAAAUAAAAUGAAAUGCUUGCUCUAACAAUUAAGCCCGUUCUAUAAACUGAAACACCACAUUUUGUCCAAAAAUGUGUAUUUUGAAGCAAUGUAAACUUAAAAAAAGCAUCUCAAUUCACUUAUUGAGUGUUUUACUUACCAAAACGAAUGUCUAAUUAAUUUAUUCGAGAAAUAAUCACUCUAUGUUGCUAGCACCUUUAAGUAAUUAAGUAUAAUUUAAUUUAGUAAUACUUUUCCUACAACUGUUUUAACUGUAGACAAUAAUAAAAAUUUCUACUAGCAUAUUUAGGCAAACAGUUUAUUGCAUUGAAAUUGAAGAGAAUUUAACUAGUAAUUUUAUUUGCAUAUGUAGAUAAGAACAAGUUAUUCUGUUGAGGGAAUUAAAUGAAUUUUACUGUCAUUUUUAGACGAAAACAAUUUUCUUUAUUGAAAUCAGUAGGGGUCAAGGAGUAAAGCAAUAAUAAUUAUUAUUUAAUCAGAAAAAUCUACUGAUUUUAUUUUCCCUAUUCUCGGUUUAUUUAACAUACUAAAAACUUCUUCAGUUACACAUAUGUUGUUAUUAGUAAGUCCAUUGAAAAUAUCUUAUGAGGCGUUUGUUUUAUUUUUUUCUUUUUAUUAUAAAAUUUGAUGUGUUCUCAUAAUAUAUAGCUGCGUUAAAUGUCAUUUUCAUAAUUUAAUCUUCAUACUAGCAUACUCUGUGUUAUUGAUUCUUCAUCGCAUGUACAGGGUGUUCUCUACACGCUGCAUAUAUUUUUAGAAUCCUUCAAAAAUAAAUUUUUAAAACUCUUCAUAAUAAGGGUAUAGAUUAAUUUUUAAAAAAAAGCAGAUUUAAAAAAAGCAAACUUGCAACCUUCUGUAAUAUUGUUUAAAGUUUUAAGCUUACAAUUGGUCUUCCAAAUUACUUAAUUAUUUGAACUGAUAGCAUGACAAUUUUUUUAAACACAUCAUUUAAUUUUACCGUCAUAUUCAUUGACAUUGAGCACACUCACCCAAUUAUAAUACAUUUUUUUAUCCCAUUAAGCUGUUUAUUUAAAUGCUAAAAGAUUCUAAGAUUAUUGGAUUCAGGGUGGUGAUUAGAGAAUACUCUGUAGCUAUCGCAAACUUAAGCAAAUAUAAUACUCACCAAAUAAUAUUAAAAUGGGAAAAAUAUGAAGUUUUCAACUAAAAAAGUUCAUUUAAAGUAUAAGUUCUAUAUAGAUAUAUAUUUAUAUAAAUUGAGUAUGAGUUCGUGUGUAUGGAUCAUAGGGAGAACUAAAAAUGGGGGGAACAGAUGCAAUGGUGAUACGACAACUGUGAUAUGUUCUUCCUCAUGCGUUGAUUGUAGCACAAAUGAUUCAUUCUACACGUUUUUUCGGUGUCUGAACCGAAAUAUAAUAUAACAUUAAUCAUUCCACAGAUUCCAGGGAAAUCUGGAAAUGUCCCUCUUGUGCAAGCAGCUCUCUUUUUCUCUCACCCUUUUGUUCCACUUUUGUACAUAGAACACAAACAAAUAAAGAACCAUACUCAAGAAUCAAGUGUUUUAGAACAGGUAUUUAGUGUGACAAAAAAUUAGAUGAUAACAUCGUGCUCCCUCAUUCAUUGUUUCUGUUUGUUUUCUCAUUUUAAUAUUUUUGUUUUCAAUUCGGUGAUAAUGUUAAUUGUUUUUUGAUUAACUGUCCCCUCGAUCCCUCCGCGAGUACCCAGGAGAUUGCUAUUUUUGUAACAAUUGUAGUUUCGCUUGAGGGAUCGAUUGGGGACAAUUGUAGACCUUCUCUGGAAGGAUCAAACAUUUGGUGCAUGUCACUAUUAAAACUCCUCGAUAAAA